GGUCAGGUACCAGCACCUCUAGCAGACUAGUCUCGCUCCUCCUCCAGAGAGACACGGUGCGUCUCUGUUCCAAUGGCAGCAGGUGGGAUCCCCGGACUCCUCCAAUCACACCCUCCCUCCUCCUCCAUACAGGGGAGGAGGGGAGAGGAGAGUCCAGGGCAGGAGGAGGCAGGACCCACAACCAACUUCCACUCUCACCACCACAACAGGAAAAGUCGGGAACACGCAUCUGUGCCUGCUGGACUGCAUGGUGUGUUUUUGACGCUGUUAGGUGGUGCAUAAGUAGUAGCAGUAGUUGCCUCCACUUGGCCGCUGUGUUGGUGUUGAGGGCGGUGCAGCAGCAGCAGCAGCAGCGAUGGACUAAACGUGUACUAAAAACGGAUUUGUUUUUCCUUGGAUUACUCGGUUUCGUUUUCCCGGUUGCUCUUAUUGCUUGUGGUUCUUCUGGAAGUGUUGGAGGAGUGAAUACUUUGUGAAAAAUGCCCGCAAAAACCAAGUACAACCUCGUUGAUGAUGGGCAUGAUCUGAGGAUCCCGCUGCACAACGAGGAAGCUUUCCAGCAUGGGAUCAACUUCGAGGCAAAGUACAUCGGCAGUCUGGAUGUGACGCGGCCGAGCAGCCGAGUGGAGAUCGUGGCUGCUAUGAGAAGAAUACGGUAUGAGUUCAAGGUGAAAAACAUCAAGAAGAAAAAAGUCAACAUCGUGGUGUCUGUAGACGGCGUGAAAGUCGCCUUGAGGAAAAAGAAAAAAAAGAAGGAGUGGACGUGGGAUGAGAGCAAGAUGAUGGUGAUGCAGGAUCCCAUUUACAGGAUAUUCUACGUGUCUCAUGACUCGCAGGAUCUGAAGAUUUUCAGCUACAUCGCCAGAGACGGACAGAGUAACGUCUUCCGCUGCAACGUCUUCAAGUCCAAGAAGAAGAGUCAGGCCAUGCGUAUUGUUCGGACAGUCGGCCAGGCGUUCGAGGUUUGUCAUAAACUGAGUCUGCUGCACACACAGCAGAACGCAGACGGACAGGAGGACUGCCACAGCGAAAAGAACAGCAACGACUCAGGCGUGCGUGCUCAUCCACCUGUAUGUGUAUGUACUUUCCUCGGAUCAGCUCGGGAGCUAACGGGCGAGGAGAAGACGGCGACCGUCUCUGAGGAGACGGAUAUCGAUGCGGAGGAAGCGAGCCAGGUGUCGACAGCAGAGGACUUAAACCUCAAUAGAGGGGUGACUGAUCUGGACGCCACGGCCAAGACACCCGACCUGAACCAUGUUGAGAGCAAGGUCUCCUGUCUGGAUCCAGAGGAGGCCUCUCUGCUGAUGGCCAGCCCCAGGAUGCUGCUCCCUCCGUCGGCCCCGCUGCCACCAGUUGCCCCCCUGUCUGUCCACCACCAGAUCCAGCUGCUCCAACAGCAGCUCCAGCAGCAACAGCAGCAGACACAAGUGGCAGUGGCACAGGUCCACCUGCUGAAAGACCAGCUGAGUGCGGAGGCCACGGCUCGGCUGGAGGCCCAGGCUCGAGUCCACCAGCUCCUGCUGCAAAACAAAGACCUGCUGCAGCACAUCUCCCUGCUGGUUAAACAGAUCCAGGAGCUGGAGACCAAGAUGUCUGGACCAAACUCCAUGGGAUCUCAGGACAGUCUGUUGGAGAUCACCUUCCGGUCUACAGUACCUCCUGUGCUCUGCGACCCCACAACGCCCAAACCUGAUUUCUCCGCCCUCAACCUGCCAGCGCUGGGCUCCACCGACGGGACCGGCAACGCCUUCUCGUCUUCCAAUGGGACUCUGGGAAGCCCCCUAGUUGAUCAAAGUAUGUUUGAGAACUCCAUUGCCCAGCAGCAGAGUCCACAGCCUUCCAGGCCAGGCCAGCCCUCGGCCCGACGCACCCCAGCAUCAGCUAAUCAUAGCUUGGGGUCCAGCUCCGUCGACUCUCCAUCAUCCGGAGGACAACAGAGGCUUAAAAAUGCCAUUAAUCUGGGCAAGGCUGUCGGCGCAAAGGUCAAUGACUUGUUAAGAAGAAAGGAGCCCAGCCACCUCGGGGACAUCGGGGUUACUGAGGUCAACAAGAACGCUGGUGCUGUGUGGAGCUGUAUGGACCAACUCAACCAGACCACUGCAAACAGUCACAUCUCCUCCUUUGACUCCUUCCCCCGGUUGGACCCACCACCACCAUCGGGGAAGAAGCGCCUCCCUCGGGCGCUGAAGACCACCCAGGACAUGAUGAUCUCCUCUGACCCCGUGGUCUCCUCUCCAGACCCCACCGACUCGUCCACCUUCCUCUCUUCUCCCGACAAGACGCCCCUCAUCGCCAAGGAGGAGCUGAGGAACAGCGAGCAGCAGCAGAGCAAGAAGGAGGGCGGAGGAGGGUCAGAGGAGCUCACGGUCUCAGCAGAGAAGAACGUCGAUUCUGAUUGUUGGGAGACGGCAGGAAGCAACGGCAAAGUUGAUGGAGUGACAGGUGGAGAAGAAGAGGAUGUGGAAAGCACUGAAGGAGGCGAGGAGGAACAUCAGCCCCAGCUGCAGCUCUCUGUGCCAGACCUCAUCAACAAAGAUCCCCCCCUGCUGGAGUCCAGAGCUAAGCCCUAUGACAUCUGGCAGAAGGCGUCAGGGCCGGACUCCCGGCUGGCCUCCACACCCCGCAAAACUCCCUGCCGCAUCAGCCUUGGAGAAGAGGUCCUGGUGGGGAACGGCGCCCCCUGCAGUAAAGGCACCGGAGUGAGCGCUGAGGACUCGGAGCCCCACCCGGACCUGCUGUCGUUUGAGUAAUGAGCAGAACCGGGGUCAGAUACCAGCUCAGUAUGUCUCGAAAAGUGUGGAACUUUUGCUCUUCAUUUCAACUCAAGAGGUAAUUGAAAUAGACCGAUAAGUACUGCGGAUCAAAUAUUCACUGCCACUUUUAAAUAUUUAACUCCCUGCUCCAGGGUUCGCUUUCGGAAAAGGGAACAAGGGCUUCCAGGAAUCAGGGCAGGGGUCAGGUCUGUUGCUUUUUUAACAUUUUGGCAACUUUUUAGAUAGUUUAAAUGUCACGGUGAUACAAUCUGGCCCUCCAACACGGCCGACAGUCACUACCAGCUGCUUCCUAAUGAAAUGAACUCUAAGCUGACCAGCACCACAUGAUGGAUAAGUAGCAAGAGAGAACAUGUUUUGGAGGUGAGGGUUCAUUAUGGUGCAGUGAGAAUUCAAAUUUCUUUUUAACAUUUCAACAAUGGAACAUAAAACUAUUAAGGAAUAUAAUUUUAUCACAGUAUAUUUAUCGUGUUUUAGCUCUCUAGCAAGGUUUUACAACAGUAACAUGUCAUGUCUGCUUUAGGAAUGCAAUAAUACCAGAUAAUGUCAUAGUGAAUGUAAUUAAUGUAAUGAAGUAUCCCCUUAAAUGAGCUGAAAAUGUUAAAUUGUUAAUGAAUUACUGGGGAGUGUAAAAACAACUUCAUACUGCUCCAGAAAAAGUAAAACAUUAUUUCUUUACAUCUUUUAAAGAAUAUAUGGGUUGUACUAUUGCUUAUCGGCAUUAAGAUUUAUAUUAUCUCAUUAAUUUCAAGACAUUUUUUCAAAGCAUUUAAAGGGAUAUUUGAUUCACGAUUGUCACACUGUAAGUCUAUAUAAUACAAAAGCUGCUACAACGAAACCAAUUACAAACUGCAACUAAUAUGAGUUAUAUAGCAAUGAAAUUUACAUUCAGUAUAAUUAGAAUAAUUCAGUUUUAGCAGAUUUUUUUGUCAGUGUAAUAGUAUUUCCAGCAUGGAAAUGUCUUGGAACGAAGGAAACGAGAGAGAGAGAGAGAAGAGGCUGAACGAAUGCGGACGUGUUAGAGAUGGAAAGGUGUUGGGGGAGUUCACUUUCAGUUCGGUCAGUGCAAAAUGGCUCGCAGCACUUUUCUGUCAGAGUUUGUGAGGACUGGAAGACUUUUGACCCGUAGCUUCAUUCACAUUAAAUCGUUUGUGACCCCCUUUUGAUCCAGUAGGAGUUUGAGAACUUGUCCCACCUGCUUUUGGCAUGGACUGUGACCCUGAAUAUGACCUUUUAAAGCCCUAAGCCAGUACGAAUAUUGAUCAGCAUCCCGAUCAAUAGGUCGCCCUUCUUUUUUUUCUUUUUUCUUUUUUGAAUAUAAAAAAAAAAUAGAAGAAAAUAUAUGUAAAUACAUAGUGCAUAGUCACAAUCAUAAUCACAAAUGUUGAAGCUUUACCUGUUAACCCCAGGUAUUGUGACUUUUUUAUUGAUUGAUUUUUUUUGGUGCUGUGCACCAGUAAAAAUGAUCUCUUUAAUGAGCAAAUAUUAGUAGAGACGAAACUGCAAUUUCUGAAACCAUAUUCAGGUUAAUUACAUGAGCGUAUCUCUGGCCCAAGAUGAGAAUGGCUUCCAGGCUUCCUUUCUGCUGACAAAAAUUGUCUUCUGAGUUGGCUAAACUGAAAGUAGAUUCUUAUUGCACUCCCUCAAAAAACCUGACAGCGAGUGAGGAUGAAAGGAUGGAUGGGCGGACAAGCGGCAUGUGGAGGGCGGGCUGGUGAAAAGUUGUUUUUGAGCAAAAGACAGAGGAGAUAAUGAGCUGUCGACAGAGACAGAUGAAAGAGGUGUAUUUUAUUCAAGCGAAUCAUUAAGUGACGGACCAAAGACAGGAAUUAGCGGCUCAGUCAGACAGGUUGUUUUUGUCAUAUUGUUACUGAGUGAAAAGAGAAGCAAUAAUUCAUACAGAAGGUAUUUUUUCUCCUUUAUUUUCACUUCGUCUGUCAAUGACAAAGUUAAAAACCAAAGUCAAAACAUUUUAAACAAUUUAAUAACAAUUCACGCGCUGGAGAUCUAAGUCAGGUGUGUUUAGCUGCUUAAAAGUGAGCUGACAUUAACAGGAAAUAACCUGCUGUUGGAUCAGUCGGUCUGAUUCAACCUCAUCAGUGUAUCAAGCAGCAAUGGUUGUUUUAGCACAGUCUGAGCAUCUGAGCAUCUGUUCCGUACAUCUGUGCGACUGAAUUAAAAGUCACUUUAGACACACAUGGAAAGCAAGCAUGCAGAUCCCAAAUCCCAACCCUAAAAAUAACCCGUUUUUCUGUGAGAUCCUGAAGUGGCCUCAAUAAGCGACCACUGUGUCAGUGCAGGGAUUUCCUGACUUCAAAAAAAGAGCACAAAAUUCCCAGAAGACACCGAGACGGACACAGAGCCAGCUGUAGUUGCGGUCAGGUCCUGCCCGGCAGAAUGGGAGGAAUGUGGAGCUGGACUCUUGUUAGAGAAAGGGAGCUUUGUCUCUUUCAGUCCAUCUCCUGUCUCCCUGACUUUGUCUAACAAGUAUCCCCAUUUAUUUUACAGCUGGAACCAAACAGCUGGAGUCCCCCAACAAGAUAAACACAAUUACAAACAUAGUUUUCCCAAUUACCUUUAUCGAGCAAUCCUCAGACCUUUCUGUGGACAGUUUUUUUUCAGUCGGGUCUGUGGAUUGCAUAGAGUGCCUGUUUGUGGAAACACAUGGUGCUAGUUGAGUUUUUCAAAUGUCAUGUUUGAGUGCUUUGAGAGCACCAACUCCCCACUGUAUUGUGGUGUCAGAUGUUUUAGCAGUGGAUAUCCUCAAAACAAUUUGCAUUGCGAGAUAACACGUAAGUGAGAAUGUUUCGAGGUUUGGGUGAACUGACCCUUUAAAAUCAGGGGGCAAGAGUGUAACAAUGUUAUGGAAAUGAAUGUGCUAAAGCAACCAGAAGUAGACACCUAAACUAAGUUAUCUGGUACUGAUAAUCACCAUAAAUUACAGACAACAAAUAAUCAAUGCACCCGUAUUAAAAAAUAGGGCAUAAAAAACAUUUUUUAAAUCUUUUUGAUGCUUCAGUUCUGUUAUUACUAAUUGAACUCAAAGAUCUUAAAGCCCUUGAAAACCUGGUUUAUUUUUGUAUUUCUCAUAGCAUUAAAUAUUAAUGACUAAAUGUGCAACAAUCAAAGUUAAAGUUUGAAGAAAAAAAACACCUUUUAAGUGUUAUUUAUUAAGAGUUUAACACUCAAAAGCUCGGUGGUUGUGGUUUGAUCACAUUUGACUGAUAGUGCUGGCAAUAUAAGCAAAAGAGAAAUGUCUUUUAUUCCUUCUUUCAGUGAUCAACCAUGUGCACAUUUAAUGACCAUAUAACAGUCUAAUCAGCUGAAGAAACAAAAAUACAGCAAUCUCUCAUUGGAAAUGACCAAAACUAUUCAAACUUUGGUAGACAUUUUCUGUUCAUAAUGGACCCCAUCACACAAAAUAGCUUUUCAUGUUUCAUAAAACUAAAAAAAGUGUUGUGUCUUGUAAUCUGUCUGUCUUCUGAAUCUCACGUAUGUUCUAAGCGACGCUGAGGUUGUUUUCAGGAUUCGGGUGAUAUGAAAGUCUGUCACUCAGCACAGAGAUAAUUGCUACACACCUGGAUAAACCAGGUAUCAGAGAGGUUAAACCAAACACACACACACGCACAUAUCAGACUGACAGCAGCUGCUUGUAUUUAGUCAAAGGCUAAAAGCAAUAAUAUGAGAUGAAUGGUUGCUCAGAAGGCGUCCGACUGUCUGAAAUGUCUUGUUUCUUUCCUUUUAGCAAAAGAGUGUAAAGAAAAGAAGCUGAAUGCAUUUUUAAGACAAUCAGAGCAACUCUAUCCAGUUAUCAUGCUUCCUUUAAAACCACUAAAGUAGAUUUCUAUUGUAUUUUCUGAUGAAGGAAACAGUGUGUACAUUUUAUGGAAAUAUUCUAUCGCUCUUUUUUUACGAUAUCUGUGAAUAUGCAAAUUGUGUCUCGCUCUAACAAAUGAAGGAAAGUGAUUUAUUUUGAUAUUCAGUCAUAGAAUCUAGUUAUGGCAAUCUGUGUUAUUUAGUUGCCUCAAUUAAUUUGAUAAAAGAAAAAAAAUGAUCUUGCUUUCUAUUUUUUAUGUUGUCGAAUCUUUUGUUUGUCUUUGUUAGUCGACAUCAUUUCAGCAAUUAUGAUGAAUGAAGGAAGUUAAGCGCUGCACAUGGAGGCUUUUUGAAAACAAGGCAUAAAUGGACCGCUAAAGCAAACCUGGGACUUUAUAUCGAUUUAUAUCUUAAAACUGCUGCAAAUUAAAUCUUUAAUUUUUUUAUGUGAUGAAAAUAUACUACAAAAAUCAAAGUGAAUCAGUGAUUUUUUCUGUUUUAUUUUCCUAAUGUAUCUUUUUUAAAGUGGGGAUGUAAUAACUCCUGUAAUGACUGUAAUCUUUUUAAACAAAAAAUAGACCUAAUCAUGA